AUGGACCAACUGCCAUUAACGGAUCUUAUGCUAGGUCGAUUCGGAGUCGGCAAAGCGUUUAAGAACAAUACAAAGAGAAUCACAUCCAUAGACUUUGAUUUUACUGGUGAAUUAUGCAUCACGGCUUCGGAAGAUGAUACAAUGAACUUGUAUGAUGUCAGGAAGGGGGAGCUCAAGAAGACCAUCUUCUCCAAAAAGUACGGAUGUGAUCUCGCUCGAUUCACUCAUGCUCCAAACACUGUCUUGCAUUCAUCAACCAAGGAAGAUGACACCAUACGGUAUCUAUCGCUUCAUGACAACCAAUAUCUACGAUACUUUCGAGGACACAAGGCAAAAGUCAUUUCAUUGGACAUAUGUCCUGUUGAUGAUCGAUUCAUAUCUUCAUCGCUGGAUGGUACUGUGAGAUUAUGGGACAUGAGGUCUUCAACAUGCCAUGGAUGCGUAUAUCUCUCAAACAAACUACAGGGUCCAAUCAUUGUUGCAUAUGAUCCAACAGGUGUAAUCUGUGCAUUCGGCCUAUCAGGAUCCCGCGUCAUCUUGCUAUACGAUUCCAGCAAUGUUUCUGGUGGCCCAUUCUCUACAUUCACAAUCCAACCAGCAGAACACCCACGCACAUAUAACUGGACGUCACUCAAAUUCUCUGCUUGUGGAAGCUACAUUCUCAUAUGCACGAAUGGGCCUGAAAUGGGUCUUGUUGAUGCAUUUACGGGAAAAGUUUGGGGUUGGGCUUCGGGAUAUGAAAAUACGGAUGGGUUGAAAUUGGAAGGAGGGUUUACGAAUAAUAACAAGUAUAUUUACUGCGGAUCACAGGAUGGGAAGAUACACUUUUGGUCUGUUCCAACUCUUCAAAAAGUUGAAACACUGGAAGGACAUUCAGAACCAACACAGUGUGUUGUAUUCAAUCCACGUCACUUGUUGGUAGCUAGUGCAGACUCCCAACUGGCAUUUUGGUGUCCCAAACGGUUUGACAUUUAA